CGGUGAUCACAAAACUGAUCCGGAAGUUCCGUAAUGAGACAACAACAGAUUGACGGAGGAGUGUUGUCACCUGAGUUUCACCUACAGGACAGAUCAGACUUUCUUCCAGCUUCUCCUUGAGGUAAAAUGGUGCUGCUGCUGCCAUCAGUUCUUGUCGUAACUCUUGUUGUCUGCGCGGCAGAUGUGACCCUUUGCGCAGGAAUCAAUAGAUGUGUUGCCAGAAACUUCGGCCAUGACUCUGUGGUGUGUGAGUGUAAUUCCACCUACUGUGACGGUGUUGGCCCGGUCAGCCUGCCACCUCUGGGUCAGUACUCCACCUACCUGAGCAGCAUGGCAGGCAGCAGGAUGGAGCCAGGCCAGGGUCAAGUCCGGGUCAACAGCACUGGAGCAGGUCUCAGGCUGACGAUUGUUCCCUACCAGAAGUAUCAGAGGAUCAAGGGGUUCGGAGGAGCCAUGACGGACGCAGCGGCUAUUAACAUACUUUCUCUCUCUGCUGGCGCACAGGAGCAGCUGCUGCGACAGUACUUCUCCAAAGAAGGUAUCGGCUAUAGCGUUGUGCGCGUCCCCAUGGCCAGCUGUGACUUCUCCACUCGCCUGUACACCUACGCUGACGCACCCGGGGACUACAACCUGAAGAGCUUCACUUUGGCCCCCGAGGACGUGAAGAUGAAGAUCCCUCUGCUGCUGCGUGCCCAGGCCUUGUCCCCUCGCCCGCUUUCCCUGCUGGGCAGCGCCUGGAGCGCCCCCGCCUGGAUGAAAACUAAUGGUGCGCUCAUAGGAAAGGGCUUCCUGAAGGGCAAGCCGGGGGGCAAGGAGCAUAAAACAUGGGCUCAGUACUACAUCAGGUUCCUUGAGGAAUAUGCUAAAUAUAACCUAACCUUCUGGGCGCUGACGACAGGAAACGAGCCCUCUGCAGGAGAAAUGACAAACUACAGUUUCCAGGCUCUGGGCUUCACUCCUGAGGAGCAGAGGGACUGGGUGGCUCUGGACUUGGGCCCGGCCCUGCAGUCCUCAGCACACCCACACACACACAUCCUCAUACUGGAUGACAACCGCCUGCUGCUGCCCCACUGGGCCCGAGUGGUGAGUCCAAGGACAGACAGACAAAUAGAGCAGUGGGGAAGGUCGCCUCUGACUUUGUUCAACCCACAUGGUGGCAGAUGAGAUCAGAAACCACAGUUAUAUUUUAGGAAACCAGCAGUAGACCAAACAUAAAAAAAAGAAAGUAAAGGCAGAAGGUAGUGCCAUGUAAGGUGAAUUCAAAAUUAGCAAUCUGCAGUAAAAUGGCAGAAGUAAUUAAAUCAUAUUUCCACAUGCAAGUCAUCCUGAGUGCUGAUGGAAAUGUGUGACAUUUAUUCUACAAUUCAGUUCAUCUCAAAAGUCUACAUAUGGUGUGUCCCAGGUUUUGCUAAAUAUUUUUUUCCACAGGCAAUCUGACAUUCAGUACAAUUAAGCCCCAAAAUUUUUUUUUUAAUUAUGAAAGGAGUAGAGAAAGACUGUGAACAAAGUCUGGAAAUACAAUUUUUUUCAUACUCUUAUUUGCUUUCUCAUACUUUUCCAGACUUUAAUUCAAAAUCCAGACUGUUUAGAAACUCUGAAUGUGUUGCACUACUUUAUUCUAGUUAAUUUUUUUCUAUGAAUUUCUGAUUCUUUAAACUGAAACUUUAGGAUAGGGUCAAUCAACUGGGGGCCCGCUUCUGGCGUCAGUCCAACCCACUUCAUGAACAAAAGGAAAAUAUGGAAAAAAGAUCAAGAUUUCAAGCGACAAA